CGGAAAAACCCAGUGAACACUGAAGCGUUUUACUAUGUGAACUGGAAAAUCAAAGCAAGUGAGAGGUGAGAAUGAGCGCGUCGGGUACAGAGGAGGAGAGGCCAGAGCUUGUGUGCCAGCUUGAACACGUUCAAGGCCUUGUUGACGCCCUCUCCGCCGUUCGAUGGAAGCGCCACCAGGACGCCGUCUUGGAGUUAUCCGAACACGGCAUUGUCCUCGUCGUUCAAGAAAGCGGUUGCCUCCAAGCCAAGCUUUAUCUCAAACGCGAGCUGUUCGUUCGCUAUGAUUAUAACGCUCAAGUACGACCUCGUUUUGGACUUAGUUUGGGGAUUUUUGUGGAAUGCUUGAAUGCUUUCUCGGUUCCUGCUCACUCCACCCCCAUUCAGAUUCAAUAUCCAGGUCCUGAUAUGCAGCUUCUCCUCAAAUCUGUAGAUUCGAUGGAUGCAAGCAUUUGUGCAGAGAUCAGAACAAGAAUUCCCGAAACAAUUGCAUGGGACUACAAUUUUGAACCAGCUGGGACAAAUCCCUUAACCUUUACCGUUAAGGUAAACUAUCCCUUCAAUGACUUGGUAUCUAACUAAUCAUCAAUCAAACAAAUUCGAAUUCAAUGAGUUACAUUAAGAGCCGAAGGACAUGGAGACUUGCAGAUAGACUUCCUGUAUUAUGCAAAUUCUGAUCUAUUAGUGGCAUUUCAGUGUGAUCAUCGAGUUUCAGUGAAGUAUAAAUAUAAGUUCUUGAAAGCAACAACUUCUAAUAUGCCUAGCAGUGUGAUUAAAGAAAAUAGAGGAAGCAAGUUAAGCAUAGGGAGGGCUGGAAUGUUGAAAGUUCAGCAUUUGGUUUCAAUUGCCAAACCAUUAGCCUCACAUUCCUAUGUUGAUUCUAUAGGCUAUCAGCAACCUAGUCGAGUAGCUCAUAUUGAAUUUUUCGUCAAACCAGAGGAAAGUGACGACUCAACUAAUGAUUAAUUGACUAUUUACCAAGAAAAUGUUCCUGAUAAUCUAAAAAAGGAAGAAAAGAAAGUUCCAUAACUUUUCAAAAUUAAAUCUGAAAAGUGAAAUGAUUGUUAAGCAGGAUGAUUUUAAUGAUUUUGUUGUACAUACUCUAGAUGAUUAGUUUGUGGCUAUGUUGGUGUGUAGAACUAGAUUUUGAGACAGUGAAACU